AUGGGCCUCUACUCCUUCACCUUGGCCGGCGGUGGCUACAUCCUAAUCGGCGCUUGGGAAUCCCUCCGCCCAAUCUCCGCCGCUGACCCAUCGUCCAAAUUAGAAACUUUGAGAACCGCGAAUUCAAACCCAGAUGCCGGUUCUUCUUGCACGUCUCCGUUGACGUACGCCGCCGUCUGCCUCUUCUCCUUCCUCUUCAUGGCCGACUCACUGAUCUCCCUCUUCAGUGCCGUUGACUCCAACGACGGAAUCGGCUCCGCCCUCCAGUUACAAAUGCUCCCGAUCGCCGCUCUCUUCUUCCUCUACUCGAUUCUGGGUUUAGCAACCGAGUUCUCCAUAACCAAGAUUCGGUUCCCUUCCAAGCUCCUCAAUCUAAUCGCCCUCUUCGGCUUCGUCGAAGAAUUCCUCCUCUACUACCUGCAAAAGAAGGACAAGACCGGGAUUGAGAACAGGUACUUCGACCUCCUCCUCGUUCCCAUCGCGAUUUGCAUCUUUUCAACUCUUCUCGAAUUGAAACCAUCUGGGUCAGAAUCAGAAUCGAGUUGCUACCCGAGAUUGGGCCGUGGGUUCGGGUUGAUUCUGCACGGGACGUGGUUUGUGCAAAUGGGGAUCUCCUUUUACUCCAAUUUGAUUGUUCAGGGAUGCCACUUGCGAGCCAAGAGUAGAGGGAACUAUACCAUAGCUUGUAAAGGCCAUCCCGAGUACCAUAGGGCUAAUGGGAUUGCUACACUUCAGUUUAACUGCCAUCUAGCGUUGAUUGUGGUCUUGGCUUCUGCUUUGUACUCGAGUAUAGUGAAGAAGAUGGGUGGAAGAAACUAUAGGCCUCUAGGUGCUACUGCAGAAAUGGUGCAGAUGGAAAGUGGUGGUGGAACGUUUACUCUGGAGUCUGAUGACGAUGAAAUUAGAGAAGAGGAGAAUGAGAACAAGGAGUUGAGAGUAGGAACUAAUGGUUAUGGUUCUCAUGACUAA